AUGAAACUCUUUUUUGUAGAUUCUAAAAAUAUAAUCCUACCAGAACCUCAAAUAGUCACAAUACCCCAACAACCCCCUCCGCUUAAAAAGAAAAGAACUACAACAAAUAGUAAUACUAAUACCACAAUAGCAAACCACUUUCCUCCACUAGCAUUAUUUUUUACUUCUUAA